AUGCAAUCUAAAAAAAACAAUUCAAACUUAAGCAAUUCUAAGCUGGAAAAAAAACAAUUAGAAGAAAAAGUUAAUUAAUUUAUUUAAGAGAAUGAGGGGUUAAGCACAAGUGAUUUAAUUAGUAAAGCUUCAAAUGCUUAAAGAUCAGAUUAAAAGUCUACAAGUUUAAAUAAAAAGCUUCCACUUGCAAAAUAAUAAGAAAAGAAAUAAGGGAAACCACCAUUAACAAAAGAAGCUGAAAAACAUUUUGGCUUCGAAAAAUAAACAUAAAUAAAAAAAGAAGAAAUAACCCAAUAAAAUAAUUUUUCUUAAGCAGAGUCUUCUAAAAUUACUUCAACUUUAAAUGAAAGAUAAUUAUAAAUUAAAUUGAAGGAAAAAUAGAGAGAAAUAUAACUUUUAAAUGACAAAGUAAAAACCUAUGAGUCGGAAUUAAUAUAAAUGAAAAACUAAAAUAGGGAAUAUUAAGAGUAUGAUAUAGAUUAUUAUUUAAAUAGAGUGUUAAAUGAAAAAAUAAUCAAAAGUACUUUGCAUUACAAUUAAAGACGAUUCUUAAUACUGUCAUAAAAUAUUAUAAGCAAACAAUAAUAAAUUUUUCGAAUGAGUUAGCUAGUUUAAUUAACAAGAUAAAUUUAAUAUGAAUUGGAAAAUUAAGUAUAGCAUUUUAUAACAAGCUUAUUACUUUGAAAGAAG